UUAAAACUAUGUUUCUUUAUAUGACUUGUUUACAAUUGUGCAUUUUUUUUUUGUGUGUGAGAUGAUGUGUGGAUAUAUUAACUUUUUGCCACUGCAGGUUGGGCUUGUUUCAGAUUAUGACCUCUUAGCAUUGGAUUCUAUAUCAGGCGGUGGACAAGGUGAUAACGACAUGUUUCCUGAAGUUGACAGCAAUUGGAAAACUUUCAAUGAGGUGCAGAAACUGCUGGGUAAAACCAACGGGAAAGUUGUUGGUGAUUUAAUGACGCCAGCUCCAGUUGUAGUUCGUGAAACAACUAAUCUGGAGGAUGCUGCUAGAUUGUUACUUGAGACAAAAUACCGCCGACUGCCAGUAGUCGACGCCGAUGGCAAACUGGUUGGAAUUAUCACAAGAGGAAACGUAGUAAGAGCUGCUCUUCAUAUAAAACGUGGUCUUGAAAAGAAGGCACAAUAGCUAUGUAUCUAUUGUUGAAGCCAUUUUGAAGCAGCCCUACAUGACUACUAGGAAUCAGGUAGAUCAUCAAGACCUCAUCUGUUUUAUGUGUAUAAUUUUGAGUAACGUUGUAUUAAUUUAUCAUUUAUAUUGUUUGCAGUAUAAAUGAAUAUAGGAUAAUUUACUAUCAAUGAAGCCAUUAGAGACCAA